AUGGAAUCAUCGGCGAACACUAACAAAGCCUUAACGGAUAAACGUUUCUCCGACCUCGAACCUCCGCUCUCCGACGUUAUCAUCGAGGCGCUCGAGCAGUCCGAUUUCAAAUUUUGCACUCCGGUUCAGGCCGCUACGAUCCCUCUUCUCUGCACCUUCAAAGAUGUCGCCGUCGACGCUGCCACCGGUUCUGGAAAAACCCUAGCUUUCCUCGUCCCCCUCGUUGAACUCCUCCGCCGAUUAUCCUCUCCCAAACCUCACCAAGUUUUGGGGGUAAUCAUAUCGCCGACGAGGGAGCUAUCAACGCAGAUAUAUAACGUUGCGCAGCCGUUUGUUUCGACUCUGCCGAAUGUGAACUCUGUGCUGCUCGUUGGAGGCCGAGAGGUGCAAGCAGACGUGAAGAUUAUAGAAGAAGAAGGAGGCAAUGUCUUGAUUGGUACACCUGGAAGGCUCUCUGAUAUCAUGGAACGUAUGGACAUUCUUGAUUUCCGAAAUCUUGAGAUACUUAUCUUAGAUGAAGCAGAUAGGCUAUUGGAGAUGGGGUUUCAGAAGCAAGUGAAUUACAUAAUCUCUCGCUUGCCAAAGCAGAGGAGGACUGGUCUCUUUUCAGCUACGCAAACAGAAGGCGUCCAAGAGCUGGCCAAGGCGGGGCUUAGGAAUCCGGUGAGAGUUGCAGUUCAAGCUCAGUCAAAGUCCGAAUCAUCCCAGGAGCUGACAAACUCGAAAAUACCUUCUGGUCUACACCUUGAGUAUUUGGAGUGUGAAGCAGAUAAGAAAUCAUCACAGCUAGUGGAUCUUCUCAUUGAGAAUGCAGAUAAAAAGCUUAUAGUAUACUUCAUGACCUGUGCUUCUGUUGAUUACUGGGGACUCGUACUUUCGAAGAUUCCUGCCCUAGAGUCCAUAACCUUAAUUCCUAUCCAUGGGGAUAUGAAGCAGAAUGCAAGAGACAAGGCAUUAGCUUCGUUUACUGAAGUAUCGAGCGGUGUACUUCUGUGCACAGAUGUCGCUGCUCGUGGACUUGAUAUUCCAGGCAUUGAUUAUGUAGUUCAGUAUGAUCCCCCACAAGACCCGAACAUGUUCAACCAUAGGGUCGGAAGGACUGCAAGAUUGGGGAAACAAGGGAGGGCCAUUGUCUUUUUACUUCCCAAGGAAGAUGCUUAUGUUGAGUUUAUGCGCUUAAGAGGAGUCUCUUGUCAAGAGAGAAAAUGCUCUGAGAAAGCAUCCGAUGUCAUCCCGAUUAUACGUUCACUAGCCAUAAAGGACCGUGCAGUGUUGGAGAAAGGAUUAAAGGCGUUUGUUUCCUUUGUCCGUGCUUAUAAAGAGCAUCACUGCUCUUACAUUUUCAGAUGGAAAGGCCUUGAAAUCGGAAAGUUGGCAAUGGGAUAUGGUCUCUUGUAUCUUCCUUCAAUGUCUGAAGUUAAACAACACAGACUUUCCAGUGAAGGUUUUAUACCCGUUGAAGGCAUCAAGUUUGAUGACAUCAAAUUCAAGGACAAGUCUCGGGAGAGGCAAAGACGGCAAAACGUGCAAGCAAGGAAAGCGAAACGGGAAGAAGAGAAAAGAGAGAAAGGCAAGAGAAGCUCGAAAAGGGCGGCGACUGAUGCUUGUGGGACUAGCGAUUCUAGCAAAGCGGCGUCGAGGAAGUUAACGGGGAAGCAGAGACAAACCAUUCAAACAGCUGAAGAUGAAGAGGAGCUAGCUGAAGACUAUCGGUAUUGGAAGAAACUGAAAAAAGGGUCAAUUCAAGAAGAUGAAUUUGCAAAACGUAUGGGAGCUGAUGAUUUUUAG